ACAGGUCGCGAGCCUGUUAGAUUGUCACGUUGGACGUUAUCACAGAAAAAGAGCUUUUUAAUCUACAACGAUAUAUUAAUUAAUAAAUAAAUAAUAGGCCUGCUGAUAAGAAGGGAUGGACACCAAUAAUACACGGCCUAUUUUCCCUUGGUACAAGGAGAGGUUGCAGACCAAGUAUCUCAAAGGCCAAGCAAACAAAAUUUCCAUGGUUGGCAGUUGUUUGCGUUUUGCAAAUGUGAGCCUUGACGACUUCAAUGACUGUUCAUCCAUCUUAUCCGGGGACCGGAAAGGUGUCUCACCGGUUAUUUUCCGUGACUCUCCGAACCACAACUCCUGGCAAAAGCCUAGAAAGUGCAUCUCAAAAGAACAAGCCUGCUUUUCAAAGCAGAUGAUCCAGAAGCAGAUUCGCAGAGAAUAUGUGGCUGCUGUGGACGAGAAACUCAAACAGCAUCCUCUGGCUAUGUUCCCGCACUAUCAGGAUCACAUGACCCCAGAGUUAUUUGACAAGGUGGUAUCCGUUUUGGACCCAGACAUGAGUGUAAACAGCGCCUCUGCACUUCCUACGCCCACAGGAGACCAUGCGGAGGAUUAUGAAGAUGAGGAAAACUGUACAGAGCCAAGAAAGGAAGACCUGGACAGAGCAAAACAGGGAACUUCUGCCAAUAAAAUCAGCUCUGAUGUCCAAAAUCCAAGUCCCAGAAACCCUUAUGUUCUACACAUGAAUAAAAAUGGUACCAAGAAAGGCAGGACGGUCAAAGUGAAUAAACUGAGCACCCACGAAGACAUGAAAUCAGCUGCCAAACUUUUCAGCAGAUGGUUUGCCUCUCCAGAUGAAGACACAAAUGUCACUGAGGCUGCAUUAGUGGGAAGUUUCGACAGUGGCCUUCAAGACUCUUCAUCACCAACAGUUUCUCAGGGCAAGAAUGAAAUCCUGUCACAGCCACAAACAGGCAGGACCGAUUACGUUUCAAAACCCUCUGAAACCAAUAAGGUGCAAGAAGAGAAAGGUUCACAAAUAGCCGCUGAUUAG